UGAUUCAGUCAUUCUCCCCUUGGGAGGGAAACCAAGACGAACGCAUCGACUCCUGUAGAGGAUGCCAACGCCAGUCAUAAGCUAAACCAGUUCCAGUUCUCUCUGGUUCUUCACACAGGCUCGAACAACGUUGGUGUGGAAACCAUGUGUGAGUAUGUGUGUGCCAUCUUAGAGAAACCAAUGCGAUUAAGGCUGGAUCUGGACUCUGAGGGACAGCUCCUGUGGAUGCUGAGGAUUAGCGGUAACAGCUGCUGUCCUGCCCAUUAGAGGAGAAACAGAAGAGAGAAGAAAAGACUUGUUUAAAGGAUGCAUCCCUGCAACUCUGAGUGGGGGGAGCCUUUCCAUCAAGGCUGAAGGAAAGUGUGAUACUAGCUGUUACUUCUCGUGACGCAAGAUAAGGGGAGGAUGAGGGUCCCCACUGCCCUCACAGGCUGGGCUUGUGCAGCUCUCUGCCUGGCUUCCUGCUCAACUGCCUUUUCUCAUGGUGCCGGCUCGGUGGCCUGUCAGGACAUGCAGCCCAAGCACCUUCAAGCCCAGCCUCAGAACCCCGGCACACACCACAUCACCAUUCAUACCAGCAGAUCUUCCUACUUACCGGGAGACAUCGUUCCAGUGACCGUGAGAAGCAGUCGGGAUUUCAUGGGAUUUCUACUACAGGCUCGAAGAGUCUCUGAUCAUCAAAUAGCUGGCACUUUUGUUUCCAUCCCUCCUCAUUCCAAACCGAUGGCUUGUUUUCAAGAGGCUGACACAGUCACCCACUCUGACAAGUCCCGGAAGAGAAACCUGGCCUUCGAGUGGCAGGCUCCUGCCCAGCCUGUGGGGGAUAUUAGAUUCCUUUUAUCAGUGGUCCAGUCAUAUUUCGUUUACUGGGAGAGAAUUGAAUCCCCUGUGAUGUCUCAACAGACACGCAGCAGAGCCCAUCGUGAUGGCCCCGUGCAGCCCAGCUCACCGAUGCCAACCCCUGGGUGGAGGCCAGAGGGAACGGAAGGAAUCGCCCCAGCUUCCAGUCCCCCCACCACUCUUCCCCAGCAGCGUGCAGACAUCUUUGCUGUUGCCCUAACUAGAGCUACAGAGGAGAACAGCUUAGAUUCUUCUCCUGCCAGUUUUUGGGUGAUGGAAUUUCCUGGGGGCACAGAGACUCUGUUGCAAUCAUCUUCACACACAGCUACUGCAAUCAGCAAUGGCCAGCAACCCAGAGGGGACAGAAGCCCAACCCUAGAACCAUCCUUGGAUGUCCGUGGGCUGGAGAGACUCAUGGCUCCCGGGAGAUUCUCCUCAGAGGGCAUUGCUUCCAGCCCUAGCACCUACUUCAGGACUCAGGAUGAUCCAAGCUUUGGUUCAUUGGAAACUUGCCUGCCCUCGGAUACAGAUGAACAGGACAAGAUGGAAUCCUCUAAUAGGACUGUGAUGAGGUCCCGUCUGUCCACUGUCCAUCUUACCUAUCCUCGGCAUUUCUGGUCCUCUGAAGCAUUCACUGGGAGUGAGGCUAGGGCAGCCACCUCAACCCCUGUCUUCCACACUUCUGCCACUUCUAGGCCACCUGCUGCAGGCAGCCAGUCAGAGGCAUCUAGGCCUUCUGCCAGCUUCUUACCUCAGUCGAAGUACAAGGAGCCCAGAGUGGGGGAGGGAAAUGGAAGGGGCAGAGGGGGAUACCCCAGGAAACCCAACCCAAGGCCUGAGGUUGAGCAAGAGGGACACAGUGCCCCUUCGGGGCUCCAGCUCAGGACUUCCCAGCUGGGAAUCCUGCUUUGCCUUUCAGCCACCUUGGGCAUGGCCCUGGCUGCUGGCCUUCGCUACCUGCAUGCCCAAUAUUGCCACACUCAGACGGAAGUAUCCUUCAGUGAGCCUGCUGGGGAUGCUAUUACCAGCAGCAAUGGAGGCGAGACUGUGCAUGUCAGGAAGAUCGGGGAGAACAGUUUUGUUUCAGUUGAAGUGGAAUACAACUGGAUCACUUCCUCUGUGGGUAGUGAGAAAACAGUCCUCUGAGAAGAUCGUGGUACUAGGCAGGCCUCUGAGUGGCUGUCCCUAGACCCUGCGGUGUCUCAGCCAGAACAGAGCUAAUGAGAAUAGCUGAUGAGGACAGGGGCUCCCUGUGCCCCCAUCAGUGAGCAGUUAGUGGAGGAAGCUGUGAGCAGACCGUUUUAUCAACAGAGGGAGUUCUGCCCAAGCUUUGUUGUCUUAACAUCUGUAAUUUAGCUGCUUUUUUUUUCUUUUCACAAUUAGACGUUCUGUUUGAAGAGUUAAACUCCACACAAUGAAUAUUGUAUAACCUGCUCAUUAACUAGACUCCUGUGGCCGCCAAGCUUCCUCUGUUGCCUUAAGGAACCUGCAGAAAUAGAAAUUCUGUCCCUCCUCAGUAUGUCAGCCUCAUCCCUUCCAACUCUUUGAAAAAAAAAAAAAAAAAAAGUAAUGUUGGGGUUGUGUCUCUUGCAAGAAAAAGAACCGUGGCCCUCACUUUGCCUCUCCAAACCACCCCAGAAGAAGUUUCAUUUUCAACACUGGCUCUGCUUUCGUUGACUAGGUGAGUGCAAGGGUAUUCAGUCUUCUUGGAAACUCAGAAGCCUGGAAAAUCCCCUUGGAAAUUGAUCUGAAGCAAGGAGAGUUUGAGAGAGCUCGACUGAACACAUCUGUGGGAAAACGUAUACAUGCUGCAUAAACACCAGAGUGGGGUAAGCAUGCCUCUUCAUCAGGUGUAAAUGGAUCUGAGACUUCCCAUCCAUUUGCACUUGAUGGGAGGCUUAUGAAUCCUAACAGCUAGCAAACAUGUUGCCUUUUGCCAAAGGUCAGGCUGAAAAAAAACUGAUGAUCCCACAGUUUGAAGAAGAGCCUCUAUGCAUCUUUUCAGGGAGAAAAGGAAGACAGCAUUGUGGACAAAGUCCAUUUUCCUGCUCUUGUGAUUUAUGAAGAUCACUUUGAUUUAGGACGUGUCCCAUAGAUACUGUGUGGGGUCAACAGGUUUGACUAUAACUUUUGAAUAUACUCACCUAAUAUGACACGUAGAAAUUAGCUGCCUUUUCAGAGCUAGACCUGCUACAGAGUCACAAAGCAUUUUAAUGUAGAAACGGAAAAACACUACACAUCUGGCAAGGGUGUUUAUUCAUCCAGCACCUAGAUCGUACAGGUAGUGUGCUAACUGCAUACAUUUUCACAUUUAACUUUCACAAUAACUUAAUGAGGAAAAAGUGUAGUAACUUGCCAAAGAGAGAGAGGCUUUCAUGACAUCUCAGUUCAACAAUAAAAACAUUUUUUAAAAAAAACUGGGGUGUGGGAAAGAGCUAGAUCCUGCUGUUUUUCCAGCCUCUUAUAGCUCACUGGGCACUAAUACCAUGAUUGUUUCCUCCUGGAUUCUGGGCUAGGCAGAUCUGUCCCAUCUUUAGACAAGUGCCUCAUUAGGACCAGGGAGACCUAGGUAAUUGUGUGUUCACAAAUGAAAGUGUUCUAGGAAUGCUGUGGAAAUGAGUGAAUUUACUGUACUCCAAUGGCAGCCACAGAUACCCUUUUACAUAUCUCGCCCUCCUCAAAUGAAAUCCUCCCCGAGAUGCAGACGAGUGGAGAGCUCUCCUCUGACCAUCACAUCAGAUGGCCAAGUGCACUACACGUACACCUUCAAGACCUUACCUGUCCAAGAGGACAUUUUCCUGGGAAAACAAACUGUUGUCUAUUUGUUUCACAACUGUUUGUGAAAUAAACUAUCCCCAAACUCAGUGGUUUAAAAUA